UUCAUGGCAGGGGACGUGGAAGGGUUUAGCUCCGCCAUCCAUGAUACCAGUGUCUCUGCUGGGUUCAGAGCACUGUAUGAGGAGGGAUUGCUUCUUGACGUCACUCUUGUCAUUGAAGACCACCAGUUUCAGGCCCAUAAAGCCCUGCUUGCCACCCAGAGUGAUUACUUCAGGAUUAUGUUCACAGCCGACAUGAGGGAGCGAGAUCAAGAUAAAAUCCAUUUGAAAGGUCUGACUGCCACAGGCUUCAGCCACGUCCUCCAAUUCAUGUACUACGGAAACAUUGAACUGAGCAUGAACACUGUUCAUGAGAUUCUGCAGGCUGCCAUGUAUGUUCAGCUUAUAGAGGUGGUGAAGUUCUGCUGCUCUUUUCUUUUAGCAAAAAUCUGCUUAGAAAACUGUGCAGAAAUUAUGAGACUAUUAGAUGAUUUUGGUGUAAACAUCGAUGGAGUCAGGGAAAAGUUGGACUCCUUUCUGCUAGAGAAUUUUGUGCCACUCAUGUCCAGACCUGACUUCUUGUCCUAUCUGAGCUUUGAAAAGCUUAUGUCUUAUUUGGAUAAUGAUCAUCUGAGCAGGUUUCCAGAGAUAGAGCUGUACGAGGCUGUUCAGGCUUGGCUGCGGCAUGAUAGAAGACGCUGGAGACAUACCGACACCAUCAUUCAGAACAUCAGGUUUUGUUUGAUGACACCAUCCAGUGUUUUUGAGAAGGUAAAAACAUCAGAGUUUUAUCGAUACUCUCGGCAGUUGCGGCAUGAAGUUGACCAAGCCAUGAAUUACUUUCAUAGUGUUCACCAACAGCCUUUGAUGGAAAUGAAAUCCAACCGUAUUCGUUCUGCCAAACCCCAGACUGCAGUAUUUAGAGGAAUGAUAGGACACAGCAUGGUAAAUAGCAAAAUUCUUCUCUUGCACAAACCAAGGGUCUGGUGGGAGCUAGAGGGUCCUCAAGUACCUUUACGACCAGACUGCCUUGCCAUUGUCAAUAACUUUGUAUUCUUGUUAGGCGGGGAAGAACUGGGCCCAGAUGGUGAGUUUCAUGCUUCCUCCAAAGUAUUUAGAUACGACCCUAGACAAAAUACUUGGUUGCGAAUGGCAGACAUGUCUGUUCCACGCUCAGAGUUUGCUGUUGGUGUUAUUGGGAGAUACAUCUAUGCGGUGGCUGGGAGAACAAGGGAUGAAACAUUUUACUCGACUGAACGAUAUGAUAUCACUGCAGACAAAUGGGAAUUUGUGGAUCCCUAUCCAGUCAAUAAAUAUGGACAUGAAGGAACUGUACUCAGUAACAAGUUGUAUAUCACUGGGGGAAUUACUUCAUCUUCCACUUCGAAGCAAGUGUGUGUGUUUGACCCCAGUAAAGAAGGGACGGUAGAACAGCGAACGAGGAGAACUCAAGUGGUCACUAACUGUUGGGAGAACAAAUGCAAAAUGAAUUAUGCAAGAUGCUUUCACAAAAUGAUUUCCUAUAAUGGUAAGCUUUAUGUCUUUGGUGGUGUUUGUGUGAUCUUGAGGGCCUCCUUUGAGUCGCAAGGGUGUCCUUCUACAGAGGUUUACGACCCAGACACUGAUCAGUGGACUAUUUUGGCUUCUAUGCCAAUUGGAAGAAGUGGUCAUGGUGUAGCUGUUUUGGACAAACAGAUAAUGGUUCUUGGAGGCCUUUGUUACAAUGGUCAUUACAGUGAUUCAAUUCUCACCUUUGAUCCAGAGGAAAACAAAUGGAAAGAAGAUGAAUACCCAAGAAUGCCCUGCAAGCUGGAUGGUUUACAGUAAUGUUCUUUCAAAUUCUGGAUUGAGAGAGAUGGGAGGACAUGGAGUUAUAUUGCAAGUUAGCAGAUUUUAUUUCUUUAAUUAGCAAUAAUAUAGCAAAGCAGAGUUGAUUACUGUAAUCUUUGAUCAAAAGAGAGAAUUUACACCACCAUAGCUGGAAUGAUAAAGGAUGUCUAAGCCAGAGAUGGCUGGACCAAAUGUUCACAUUCAGCCUUCUGGUGCAGACCACAGGUUGCAGUUCAAUGUAAUUCUUUGCUUAUUAUUUUCCUAUAUUUUUCAAUUUACAAGUACAGAAUUUAAUUUGUUUUAUUUUAGUAAUCUGAACUACAAUCUUUUUGAUAUAAGACAAGGCACCAACCUUGCCAUGAGAUGUGUGCAGAUGGAUCCCUGCAGCCAGGUGGGGCACCGUUGACUUUGAUGGGCCCUGCUCAGGUUCAGGGCUUCUGUGUUUGUAUAUUUCAUUGCAGAAUCAGGGUUCAAGACAAGUUACCUUAUUUUUACUCCUGUUUUGCUCUUUUUGUUAGUAGCCCAUUUUCUGGCAUGUUAUGUGAAUGGGGCAGCAAAGAUUAGUAGUCCUGCUGUCUAGGUAGGCUUAUGCAAGCCUAUCAUGAGUAAUAUUGAGCAUUUCACCCUGCUAUCUAGGGGUGAGCUGGGGAACCAUUGUUGAUCUGGAAAUUUGGUCUUCCAUGAUUUAAGUAUAACAGGUUAAAGAGAGAAGGCCAAGAUUUUACAAAAAUGGGUGUCUAAAGUUAUGUUCCUAAAUCUGUACUUCAGCACCUACGUAAGUGACCUGAUUUUUCUAAAGUACUGAACACCCAGCAGCUCCCACUAAAGGGAAAGGGAAUGCUGGAUGCUUGGUACUCUUGAAAACAAGGCUAGUUAUUUAGGUGCCUAUGCCCCCUUUAACUUCAGGAACCCAGUUUUAAAAAUCUUGUUUAAGGCCUGUAAUACUAGUUACUUUGUGAAAUUCUAACUUGAACUAAUUAUUGGUUUCAGCUUCAGCUGAUGUGUUGGCCGUAACCAUUUUGAGCAUUAAGAAUUAUUGGAAUUUGCUUGGUUCAUAAUGUCUGGGAGGCUGGGAAUGUUUUGUAAUGUACAUUUCUACCAUGCUCAUUAUUUCAGUCAAUAAAUACAUAAUUAAUCCACAUUAUCUAUAAAUUGUGAUGUAGCUUUUGAAAAAAAAAAUGUUACAUUUUUGAGAUAGCUUAGAGGGAUGUUUUCUUUUUCACUAAACCAUUUUGUGUGCAUUUGCCUUUAGUAGCUAUGCUCCCUAGU